AGCAAUGGGAAUAAAUGAAGGAAUAUGAACAGAAAUGCGAAGAGAGGGGGCGAAGUAGGAUGAGAGAAGCGCGAUGGCCAAUAGAGAAAGGAGGAAUGGAAGAUGAGAUCGUGGACAAGGAGCGACCGAGGUGGUGUGACGUCAUCGUCGCCAGAGAUACCGAGAAGCGAAGGUAUAAAAGGAGCCACGGCGGGCGGGCGGUGUGCGUGUCCCCGGUGCCAGCGUGGCGAGCAGAGGGCCAGUCUGACUGCCGAGUGUUGGUGAUUGCAUCGACAGCGGCGGUACAGAAGCCUAGGUACAGAGUAGGUCCAGUUCGAGCACAGCUGCCCCGGCCCCGCCACCACCUUUGCGAUGUACGAGUGCCCGUUUGUGUCCGGCGAGGAGGGCGGACCCCAGCCGAGAGCGACCCCCUCCAAGGUGAAGCGAAGGUUCAGCCUCAGGAGAAGCAAGGUGGGCGGGGGCAAUGAGAACGCGGCGCCUGGUACCACGGCGUUGCCAGGGUUCGGCGGCGGCGCCGCCCCUCCGUGGCUCCAGAGCUUGGAGAUGACGCCGAAGCGAAAGGAAUCUUACAGCUCGGGCGUGAGAAGGAAGUCCCUGCGGCUUGUGACUCUGUCCUUUCGGCAGGCGUCGGGGCAGAAGACCAAAGGGGGCCCCUCCCCGCCUUCGGACGCUCCGUCGGUGUUCGAGCGCGAGUGCCUCAACAACCUCUCGCCCAACGACCCCGAGUUCGUGCGGCGGACGUCCAUGCGCUGGCGGAGGAAGACCGGGCUCGCCGCCCCGCCGCAGGGCGCGCUCUUUCGAGUGCCUCCCGCGCACGGCUGCCUUCUGGAAGUCCCUCUCGUUUCUGCUUACGGGGCCAAGUUCGAAUGGCCGACGCACCCCAGCCAGCAGCCCGCCGUCUACAAACGCGUGUCGGUCCCUCAGAGGCCCCACGACGUCCCCGUGGCCCUAGUGCCGCCGUCCCUCCCCCCGCACCACCGCCCCUUCGGCGCCCAUGCCUCCCAGCGCCGCGACCUUCUCAUGAGAUCACAGCGCCGACACUCCGCGUCGGGGAUUGCCCAGCGAUCCCUGCAGUCGAGCCCCAAACCCUGCGGGAGGGAUCCUGCUGAGAGACUUCAGAAGAGAAGCCUGCAGCCGUCGCGAGGAUGCCCUUCCUUCGCGGGGGACAGGAAGGGCGCGCCGACCUGCAGAAAAGACGUGAGGAGAUCUUCCUUGCGGUGCGGCGACGACCCCAUAACUGAAGGGUUUUUGAAGUUGCUGAAAGGAGAUGCAAGGCACAGGAAAGCGUACAAGGGAAGCAAAAAAAGCGAAAAUCUACAUAAAGAGAAAAACCUCGAAGUCGACCAUUUACUCACUAUGCCCACGCCCCUGCGCCGCCUAAGUCACAGACUUCGCAAGUCCUUCGGAAGUCAUAAGCGAGACUGUGACGUGUGGUCCCAGAGUGACCUGUCGUCGGCUAGCGACCUGUCUUCCACAUCCUCAAGAUCCUGUCACAGCUAUUUAUCCGCCACACUCUCGUCCUCGUCGUCCUGUCGAAGUGACCUGUCCUUCAGGAGUGACCUGUCUUCCUCCUCCUUCUCCUCGUCGCCCUCCUCCGUCUUUUCCUCCUCGUCCUCCUGCCACAGCGACAUAUCUACGCUGUCGUCAUCUAUCCGCUCAUCGUCGUCAUCGCCUUCCCGUCUCGGCUUUCAUGAGAUCUUCGUUGCCGAAACUGAAGUCGCUGAAACGUUUGCGAUCAUGUUCCCGUCGGAGCCGCGGCCGGAGUGGCACAGGCACCUUCGGCAGGUGCUUCACAAGGCGGGCCAGAAGAUCUUCAAGAAGCCGGAACACCACGAUACUCAUAUCCCCGAGAAUUUAAGAUACCAGCUCAAGCAAAUAUACGUGUACUAGCUGUUGUCUCGCGUCUACUAGGAGAGAUGUGCCUUCCGUGUCCUAGGGAGGGCCUGCUAGCUGAUCUCCGUCUGCUAGGAGAGUCGCGUCUGCUGGCGGAGAGGGCGGCGUCUCAUGAGAGGCUGCCUCCCCCCGCUCGUC